AUGCCAUAUAAAGAGUUAGCCAAUAAUAAAUGCCAGAUGUCCAAAGAUCUGUGCAAUGGGAGUUGUACUAAGAGAGAAAUGUCUGUGACGUCAACAGUGAUUUCAAUGACGGUGGGCAUCAUAUCCAACAUUCUGGCCCUCUUCAUUUUAAUUAAAGCCUACCGCAGGUUCAGAUUUAAGUCAAAAGCAGCAUUCCUGUUGUUUGCUAGUGGUUUGGUGGUGACUGACUUCUUUGGACAUUUGAUCAACGGUUCUCUGGCUGUCUACGUUUAUGCCUCACAAAAAGACUGGGAAAGAUUCGACCCACACAAAUCUCUGUGUGACUUUUUUGGAGUUUGUAUGGCUUUCUUUGGACUCACUCCUCUGCUGCUGGGAAGCCUGAUGGCAGUUGAGCGUUGCAUCGGAGUGACCAAUCCUCUCUUCCACACCACAGCACUGGGGUCCCAUCACGUGAAGAGGUUGUUGGGUAUGACCUGGCUCCUGGGUCUCCUGGUAGCCCUGCUUCCCAUCCUUUUCCAGCGUCCAUACCAGGUCCAGCGUUCCCGAAGCUGGUGCUUCUUUCGCCUACAGGGACUACAUGACUGGGUUGAUGUGCUUCUUCCAGUAUUGUUCUCUGUUGUGGGUUUGCUUGCUCUUCUUGUCUCACUUAUCUGUAAUACUGUGAGUGGUCUGACUCUCCUGCGGUGUCGGGUACAACUUGACCGAGAUGAUCAUCGCCACAGUCGUAAUACAUCACACCACUCUGAAAUGGUCUGUCAGCUUUUAGCCAUUAUGUUGGUUUCAUGUGUCUGCUGGGGACCAAUUUUGAUAACAAGCAUCAUUUUAAGCCUGCAGCACCAUGGUGAGGAUCAGACUUCAUACACACAAAUGUUGCUGGUUGUUCGCUUGGCAACUUGGAAUCAGAUUCUCGAUCCAUGGGUCUACAUCCUCCUUAGGAAAGCUGUGUUAAAAAGGCUUUUCCAUGUGGCAUUGAGGCUUUGCAGUCCGCAUCCAAAACAAAUAUUUCGGUGGCAGGAAAGCGCUCUGGGGAGUUCAGUGAUCAGCCGACCAGACUUCAUCCGCCUGGAUGGACGUUUUCUACCGGAUACAGCGAUCCAAUCAGAUCAUCAUCUCCCAUGAGGUUUAGCUGAAGGUCACUUACAGAUUGAUUCUGAGUAAUAGAAGUACAUCUGUGCCAAAAAAUAAAUAAAAAAUAAUAACUUUCAUCGGAUUGAAAAGGAACUUGCAUUUUGACUGAAGUUUUAAU